ACCGGGGCCGGGGGGGCGGGGCGGAGGCACCGGGGCGGAGGGAACCCCGCUCCCGGGCCGCGCUCCGACGCCGCCGUUAGCCAUGAGCGCCCAGGGCCCCGCCUGCGCCGUGGGGGAGCCGGCGGCACCGCCGCCCGUGCGGUCCCUCUUCCGCCACGUGCAGCUGGAGAACUUGGCGGCGGGGCUGAGCGGCGGCGUCAUCUCCACCCUGGUGCUCCACCCGCUGGACCUGGUCAAGAUCCGCUUCGCAGUAAGUGACGGGUUGGAACUGAGGCCAAAGUACAAUGGAAUUCUCCACUGUAUGACCACUGUCUGGAAGCAUGAAGGACUACGAGGCUUAUAUCAAGGGGUAACUCCAAACAUGUUGGGAGCAGGGGCUUCCUGGGGACUUUACUUUUUCUUUUACAAUGCCAUCAAAGCUUACAAGAAGGAAGGAAAGCUGGAAAGUCUCGGUGCAACCGAACACCUAGUGUCAGCUGCAGAGGCUGGAGCCAUGACUCUCUGCAUUACAAACCCAAUAUGGGUAACGAAGACACGACUUGUGCUACAGUAUAACGCUGGUGUUGAUCCAUCAAAGCGGCAAUACAGAGGAAUGUUUGAUGCUUUUAUAAAGAUAUACAAGACAGAGGGCAUACGUGGCUUAUAUAAGGGAUUUGUGCCUGGUCUGUUUGGAACUUCACAUGGAGCUCUUCAGUUCAUGGCAUAUGAGGAUUUGAAACAGAGAUACAACAAGUACAGAAACAGAGUAUCAGAUACAAAAUUGAACACUGUGGAAUACAUAAUGAUGGCAGCUGUAUCCAAAAUAUUUGCUGUGUCAGCAACAUAUCCCUAUCAGGUUGUGCGAGCUCGUCUUCAAGAUCAACAUAAUACAUAUUCUGGUGUAUUUGAUGUGAUCCACAGGACAUGGAGGAGAGAAGGAAUUCGUGGAUUUUACAAAGGAAUUGUUCCCAAUGUGAUCAGAGUGACUCCUGCCUGCUCUAUUACCUUUGUCGUUUAUGAAAAUGUGUCUGGCUUUUUAAUUGGUUUUAGAAAAGAAAAAAACUAAAGGUACAAGCUUGUGUUCAUAAGGAAUCUAUCUUUUAUUUUUUUUGUAUUUAUGAUCUGGGAGAGAUGUAGUUCAGCAGUCUUUUUUGACAUUGUGAAUUGAUCUAGUAUUCUGGGGAAAGAAUCUACUUCUUUCUGGGGAAAGAAUCAGCAUCUCUGCUGCUGAAUGUUCCUGCAUUGCCACCUUCCUCUCUGAGAUGGCUGUGUCUGCUUGAAACAGAUGCCUCUGCAACUGUGCAAUAAUAGCACUAUGAUGUGGGUGAAGGCAGCUGUGCAGCAAUUCGGUUCAUCCUGGCCUGCAAUAACGAACUAAACUAUUUUGACACGUCUCAGGAUAAGUUGGUCAGAUUCUGCUCCUACAGAAGUGGAAAACUUCAUAUGAAAGUAACUCUGGGGCCCGUCAAAACUUUCUUAAAUCUUUACCCGAAUCUCAUGAAGAAAGUACAUAUGUAGUUGUUUACAACAGUGUCUUCGGAAUCCACCUCUGUUAUUUGUCAGAAUUUAGGAUAUGGAAUGCUCCAAAUUCCAUUGCUCAAACAACGCAAAAAUGCUGCCUCGGUGGGGUGCGUUUGGAAACUCAAAUUGUUUUGUAAAACAGCUGUCCAUUCCUGGGUUUGAAUAAUUGCCAAUCUGAUGAAACCCAGUUCUUGUCUCAUACCAGGACAGACUUGCACUGUGGUUUUUGGCUUACUUUUAGCACCAGACCAAAGUGUAUGUUGUGUGCAUUGCUGGCCGCUUACUUAAUUCAUUUUCUGUCUUUUCCCUGCCCUCUGUCUCUGAGUGAGAUUCUGUCUCCAUUACUGAUACAGCUAACCAGAUAUUACAAAGUAAAUGCAUAUUUGAAAGUAGCCUUACAUUUUAAAAACGAGCGUUUUUUCCAGUAACCCCAUAGUGAUGCAGUUUUCAAACCACAAUAACAAAUAUGACCAUGCUUAUUUUCAGUAAAAUUCUUUGGGAAAAAAAAUAUUCCGUAAGUACUCUAAAAAAUAUUGUGUGCAGAACUUUCUUUACAAAAACCAAAACAAUCCAUUAAUGUCUUCUGAUUUGGUCUAAAGAAAAGACUAUAAAAAUAUAUUAAUUGCUAAUUUAAUGAUAAACUAAAUUACAGCACAUCUCAGUAAAUUUUUGUAAUAAUGAUGUUUAUUUUCAUGCCAAUAAUUGCUGUCAGUGAUACGUACUUUUUGGAGAUCUGAGUUUAUUUUUUUAGUUCAUCUUUAACAAAAUACAUUAUUUGCCAUAACACCUGCCUUCUGCUUUUAGCAAGAAGGUAUUAGGAAGUAUCUAGAAAGUAUCACUUAACUAAGGAGGACAUAAGUUAGCAAAGGAGGUAGUUAUCCAGCAGGUAGGGGGAAAUAAUCAGUUUCAUAAGGAGUGGAGAAUACUAUCCAGCAGUACACCUGAAUAAUCACUUGAAGUUUCCUACAGUUUUCUUCUGUUUAACAGAAGAUUAACCUAAAGCAGAAAUAAGGCUUUUUUAUAAAAAUUUAACAUACUAGAGAAUUGGUUUCAAUUUUUGGUUAAAAUCUGGAAUACUACAGAAACUGUGCAGUAUUUUAAGUCUUAAUUCAGUAAUGCACAUGCUUGUUUCUGUUACUGUUGCUACCUAGCACAUUUUGUUUAUACUUAACUUGAUCAGUAAUUUACACUUUCUCCUCCACAAUCCCACCCCUUCUACUGAUCAUCUCAUCUGAAAAGGAUACAUGGACAUUACGGCUGGCUUUGGGUUUUAUUAUGAAAGUUUCUAUGUGUAUUUAGCUGAAGAUCAAAUUUACUAGAAGUUUACCAUGCAAAUUACUGUGUGGAUCCUGAACAGCUCCUAACUUCUGCCAUUGGAAGGUAUUUACUUGGUUUUGUGUCUUUUAAUGGGGCGCAGAGUUAACUGCUACCCAGGGUCCAAAAAAUAUUGUUAAGACAUAUGAAUAAAUCAUAAGAAAAAAAUAAAAGUUGUGCAAUUACUGCCCUGGAUUAGUGUGCUCUAGGCCCAGAACAGCUUACUUGUGCUCCAGGAUAAAUGCAAGGAAAGGCUACAAGCAUAUACACAAUCAGUUACUGUAUGUUAACUGACAUUCUGUAAAUUCACACCAUAGCUUAGCUCAUAGUAACUUGUUUGUGUUCAGAUACCUUAAAACCCAUCAUCCAAGCCAAUGAAAACAGUGCAGUUCUUCGGAGACAAAAUACCAGCUGUAUAAUUUGCUGGCCUGCAGCAAUAUCACACAUGAGCUUACAGCUGGGAAGCCCUGAAUGCUCCCCUAGGUGCAGGUGUGUUCCCCUAGCAUUCUUAACAAAAGCUGCAGACAAGACCUACAAUCUGAGAUAUGCCUGGGGGAAAUCUUAUAACCGGUUCGGGGGGGGGGGGGGGGGGGGAAAACUGAGAUUUAAUCUUAAAUAGCGGAAAUAAAUUCCUUAUCUCAAAUGUGGUAUUUUUUUCCUUUUGAUUUCCAGAAAGGGUAGAUUUCUGUAUGAUGUACAUACUAUUUCUUGGGGGGUUUAUUUCAUUAAUGUAAAAUUGAUUUUGUAAUAUAAACACGACUAGUGUUUCCCUUUAGAUUCUGUACAGUUUUUAAGAAUAUUUGAGUAUAUUACUUGUUGCGUUUGGAAGAAAAUAAAACACUGAAGCUAA